AUGGCAUUGGACGCACUCCCAAUCAUAGUCAUUAUCGGCGGCGGCGGGAUCGGCUUAGCAACAGCCCAUCGCCUCGGCGCAGGCCACCACAUCCUCUUCGCGAGUCGCUCCCCGUCCACCGUCUCCGCCGGCGCCGAGUCCCUCAAACAAGCAGGCCACAAAGUCACGGCGCGGCAAGUCGACGUGACAUCCUACGAAUCCGUCGCCUCCCUCGCGAAAACGGCCUCGUCCCUGGGCGGGGCUAUCGAGACGGUCGUCUUGACCUCGGCACUCAGCCCAACGAUGGGAUCGGCAGAGAUGAUUCUCGCUGUUGAUGUUGUCGGCACGGCAAACGUGAUUGAAGUGUUUGGGAAAGAGGUCGAGAUGCCGUACGGCUCGUCGGUCGUUUGCGUGGGAAGUAUGGGCCAGCACAUGAUCCCGCCCCUCUCGCCGGACCUCGAACGACACCUCGCGACCGCGCCGCGGACAUCCCUCCUCGAGAACAAGGAACUCCAUGAGCUUAUCGCGGGCGUCAGCGCCACGGCGUACUGCAUCGCGAAAAAGGCGAAUAGUCUACGCGUUCAGGCGGCUGCUGCGUCUGAGGCGUACGCGGGGAGAGGUGUGCGGGUGAAUCUUGUCGCGCCGGGGAUGACGGAGACCAAGAUGCUGGCGGCGGAGAUGGAGGGGUCGAGCGGGGCGGGGAUACGGGAGAUGAUGAAGGCGCAUCCUUUCAAGAGGGCUGCGACGGUGGAAGAGGUUGCGGAUGCGGUUGGGUUUGUUGCGGGGUGUCGGUAUGUUAACGGGACGGAUGUGUUGGUUGAUGGGGGGUGGUUGGCGAAGUUGAGGUGGGGUGAGGGACCGAUUGUGGAGGAGAUGAAGAAGCAUAUGGCGUAG